AUGGCUCAUGAAGGCUUACCAGUUAACCAAAAGCUGCAUUCCAGAAUCGCUUCUUCUAACCCGAUGUGUAUUCACUGCCAAAUGGAAGAAGAAUCAGUGGGUCAUUGCAUUUUUGACUGUCCGGACUCAAUGGAAGCAUGGAGGCUCGCAGAGCUUGAAGUUCCUGCACAACAAAUGAAACCAUGGAAGCGAUGGUUAGAGUUCAUACAAGCAACCAGUCUUAGAAGCCACAACUAUUCAAGUGAUAUAGAGCUAGCAGCGAACUUGUGUUGGCAGAUCUGGAAAGCAAGGAAUGAAUUGGUCUUUAAUAAAGAUCGGAGGAUACCUUGGAUGUGUGUUGAAGUGGCUCGCCGAUCCAUGCAGAGAAGAUGA